GAUGGAUACUUUAAUAUCAGAUGUAAUCCUUCCCUACUUAAAACGACACGCAAAACGGGGUCACCGGCAUGUUACAUUUUAUUUAACACCUAAUUCCGUGACUCAAAAAAACAUAACGUCAGAACUUGAUCACAUUAAUGAUCCACAUGAAUGGAUUCACUUACCUUCGAGAAAUCAAGAAUCAGAAAAAGAACAAAGUGAUCUACCAGAUUUACAAUUUUUAUUACAACCAGAUCAAUUAAAGCGGUUAGGAGAUUUGAUUGCCAAAAGAUCAGGAGUUAAGCAUGUCGAAGCUUCAGAAGCGGUGGUUAGUUGUAGGACAGAGAAUGAAUUUGGGUUGUUAUUCUCCAAGUUUUUUGAUAUUAUUGAAAUUAGAGCCACCAUUGUUUGA